UUUAGUCUUCUCUUAUUUUAUCGAGUGUUUAUUCCUGUGCUUCAGUCAGUAACAGCCCGCAUUAUCGGUGAUCCAUCACUACAUGGAGAUGUUUGGUCAUGGCUGGAGUUCUUCCUCACAUCAGUUUUCAGUGCUCUUUGGGUGCUGCCCCUGUUUGUGCUUAGCAAAGUUGUGAAUGCCAUUUGGUUUCAAGAUAUAGCUGACCUGGCAUUUGAGGUAUCAGGGAGGAAGCCUCACCCAUUUCCUAGUGUCAGCAAAAUAAUUGCUGACAUGCUCUUCAACCUUUUGUUGCAGGCUCUUUUCCUUAUCCAGGGAAUGUUUGUGAGUCUCUUUCCCAUCCAUCUUGUUGGUCAGCUGGUUAGUCUCCUGCAUACGUCCCUUCUCUACUCACUAUAUUGCUUUGAAUAUCGUUGGUUCAAUAAAGGAAUUGGAAUGCACCAACGGUUGUCAAACAUAGAAAGGAAUUGGCCUUACUACUUUGGGUUUGGAUUGCCCUUGGCUUUUCUCACAGCAAUGCAGUCCUCA